UAUCGAUACUUGUUACCAACCGACGUUGCACCAGCGUUGAACCAAUUAACAGACGUUUGCCAUUUCGUUACAACGUAGCUUGUUCUCCAUUGCAUUUUACAGUCAUUCAGAGCAAUUCAUUUGCUAACACAGCAUACAAUGUCUGAUACCGAGCAAAAUGAGUUGAAAGGUGGACAUCCACCAGCAAUGAAGGUUGGAGGAAUGCGGGUUCCACUUCCCAAACAUCAUGAGGAAAGAGCAGAGGCACCAAAAACUACAGAGGAAACAGAAGACAAAGACAAGUCUCCAAGUAAAACGGUUGUAAUUUCUGGUGCUGAAGUAAAAGAAAAAGAGGUUUAUUCUCCAGAGGCAGCCAAGGCCAUUCAUGAGAAACCUGUACCAACUCAUACCCAGAAAGAAGGUGGCUUCGGCCAACAUGGAAACAGGCUAGGUUUCAUUCAGCAACCUCGUAAAAACUGAAAACAAGUCCCCAACAGCUGAAUGCUCAUUUCAGAUUGCUACCUGAACACUUGUUCAUUCCAGUGUGGUGGGCAAUCCAUACUUUUUCAGACAGGUUGUGUUGUUUAUCCCCUCCCCAAUCUUCCCCAUAUUUUUUUUAUUAUUUGGUUGUCAAAAUUUUGGUUGUUUCAUUAUUUUCAGGGUUUGUAUUUUUCAAUCUUAAUAGAGGGAGAAAAUGAUGACAA